AAUAUUUCACUACAAGAGAAAGAAAUUUAUAUUGCUAAAGCAAAAGAUAGCAAGAUUAAAGCUCAAGGAAAUAAAAAAACUACAAUUGGAGAAGAUUUGUUUGAAAUGGAAUUAAAUGCAAAAAAGGAACAAGAAUUCCAACAAAAUAUGCUGGAAUACAUAAACUCUGUCAUAUCUAUGGGUUUAUUACAUAAUAAUUUACAUAAAUUAAAAUUUAUAUUUAUACAUGUAAAUUGGUUUUACAAGAAGGAAAUAGGAAUUAAUAAAUGUGAAUUUUGUCCAGCAGAAUUUGCAGUUGCACAAUUUAGUCUUAAAAAUGGUAUUGAGAAUAUUUAUCAUGAAGUGUUAAAAAUGAAAAUACCAUUAGGAUGGAAAAGAGAUGCGAUUGAAAUUAGUCAACAAACACAUCAAAUCCCUAUAGAAUUAAAAGAGGGACAAAGUGAUUUUUCAUAUAUGUUUAAUGAGUUAAUUAAAUUUUUAGAAACAAAUAAGACUGGAAAUAUUCCUCCAUUAUUCACUACAAAAAAUUUAAUUCCUGUUGUAGAAUCACUAUUAAUAAAAAUGGUUGAAGUUAAUAAUGGAUCAGUUAAUGACUUUUUAAUCUAUUCGAUAGAAGCUCUAUUUGGAGCAUUGCGAAAUGCUGCUGUGCAAAAAGUAGACAAUCGUACUAUUCCUCUUAUUGUUGCUGAAAAUGAAUUUUCAAAAGAUUUUUUAUGCAAUAUACGUGGCUUUGAGUGUGAUUUUCAUAAAAUUAUAGAUAUAUCUCAAUACUGUAGUAAAUCUAUAGUAAAAAGAUGGGGUUUCACAAUAUGUGAUUAUUGUUGUCAAUAUCUGAAUAUAGAAUUGAUUGAAGGUGUGCAUUGUCCAAAAGAAACAUCAUUUCUACGAUCUACUGAUCAAGAUACAAGUAUACAAGAAAUUACUAAUAUUGACAUUCAUAUAAAACAUUUGAACAUCAGUGACAAGAUAUCUGAAGAAUAUAGGAACAAUACAUCUAAACAAAAUUACGAUAACAAUCAACGACAAUGUAAUGAAUAUAAACCAUUAGACAUAAUUGAUCAUUGUAAAGCUAGUACAUCUACUUCGCAUAAUUUAGCAUUAAAUAUGUCAACACAUCUAAUGCGAACACCAAAUACAAUACCUCAAACUCUUAUUGGAGUGCAAGAAAAUAUUGAUCCAUGUGUUGAUUUCCCACCAAUUGGAGGAAGAGGUAUAAAUUAUAAAAAAAAAAUUAUAAAUAUCAAACUACCGUUGGGAAAAGGUAAAAAUUUAUUAAAUAUGAAUUUAUUAUAUUUGAAUGUUUUAUUAAAAAUAUGUUCUUAA